AUGGAAUACGACGGACUGUUGUACGGAUAAUAUUUCUCAGUUUUCAGGCUUUUGAGAAAUGAUGAACAGAACAAUGAGUCGGCAAGUAUUGAUAUUCUUGAUGGUGUUUCUUAAUUCGGCGCUUGGGCAGGUCAUCUACUCCAUUCCUGAAGAAUUGUCGAAAGGCUCAUUAGUCGGCAACAUUGCACAAGAUUUAGGUUUAGAUCUAAAGCGACUAAAAACAGGAAGAGCUCGCUUGCAUAUUGGAAACAGCGCAGAAUACAUCGUGUUGAAUAAAGAAAGGGGAGUUCUCCUCAUAAAAGAGAGAAUAGACCGAGAGGCGCUGUGCAAACAGACGACGCCGUGCGCUUUACAUUUUCAAAUCAUUUUAGAGAACCCAAUCGAGUUUUAUCGCGUUACUGUAGAAAUAACAGAUAUAAACGAUAAUGCACCCAUUUUCAAAAUGAACAGCAUGCUGUUUGAGAUCAGUGAAUCGGCUGUAAGAGGGGCAAAAUUUGUGUUGGAGAAAGCAUUUGAUUCUGAUGUUGGAAUAAAUGGACUGAGGAGCUACUCCCUUAAUCCAACAGAUAAUUUCGUCUUGAAACUGCAUGACCACACUGAUGGCGAGAAAGAAGUAGAGAUGAUAUUACAGAAGCCACUUGAUCGUGAGAAACAACAGGAAAUUUCCCUUGUGUUAACAGCAGUAGACGGAGGCGAACCACAGCUUUCAGGGACAGUGCAGAUCCACGUAACUGUAUUAGAUGCGAAUGACAAUGCUCCAGUAUUUAAACAGUCCAUGUACAGGGCGAGUUUAGCGGAAAACUCCCCAAAGGGAUCUUUAUUAACGACGGUAUCUGCGGCGGAUAUAGAUCAAGGUUCAUAUGGUUUGGUAACGUACUCCAUUUCGAGUAAUAGUGAUCUAAUUUUGGAUUUAUUUGAAAUAGAUGAGACGACUGGCGAGGUGCAUUUGAUUGGCGAAGUAGAUUAUGAAACAUCUAAACACUACCAGAUAGAUAUUAAGGCAAAAGAUCACGGGGGACUAACUGACUCAUGUAAAGUAAUAUUGGACAUUAUUGACGUGAACGACAACAAUCCCAUAAUAGAUUUGAUGUCAACUACACCAUCAAUACCAGAAGAUGCCAAAUUUCAAACAGUUGUUGCUGUUAUGAGUGUGCAUGACACCGACUCUGAUAAUAACGGAGUAGUUAAAUGCUUUUUGAGUGAAAAAAUCCCUUUUACAAUUGAAAAUUCAUCAAAAGGUUUCUAUAGUAUAGUAACAGAGAGUAAUUUGGACCGUGAGAGAGCCUCUGAGUAUAAUAUCACUGUGACUUGCUCUGAUGAGGGAGUCCCCUCCCUCUCCAGCAGCGUCACUCUCACCUUACAGAUCUCAGAUGUGAACGACAACGCGCCUGUCUUUGAGAGGAGCUCAUAUGAGGCCUACAUUGUAGAAAACAACACCCCAGGCCUCUCUAUAUUCACCGUGAAAGCCAGAGACGCUGACUGGAACCAGAAUGCCCGCGUCUCUUACAUACUGGAGGACUCCUCGGUUAACGGAGUGCCCGUCUCCACAUAUGUGUCUGUCAGUGCUGAUAGUGGAGUCAUCCAUGCAGUGCGCUCUUUUGACUACGAGCAGAUCAAAGAUUUCCAUUUUCGCGUCAAAGCGCAGGAUGGAGGUUCUCCUCCACUCAGUAGCAAUGUGAGUGUGAAAAUACUGAUCCAGGACCAAAACGACAACGCCCCUCAGGUUCUGUACCCAGUCCAGACUGGUGGCUCUCUGGUGGCAGAAAUGGUGCCUCGUUCAGCAGAGGUGGGCUAUCUGGUGACCAAAGUGGUUGCUGUUGAUGUGGACUCUGGCCAGAAUGCCUGGCUCUCCUAUAAACUGCAGAAAGCAACAGACAGGGCGCUGUUCGAAGUGGGCUUACAGAAUGGGGAAAUCAGAACUAUCCGCCAAGUCACUGAUAAAGAUGCUGUGAAACAACGGCUGACUGUUGUGGUGGAGGACAACGGCCAGCCCUCUCGUUCAGCUACAGUCAAUGUUAACGUGGCGGUGGCAGACAGCUUCCCUGAAGUGCUGUCGGAGUUCACCGACUUCACACAGGACAUGGAGUACAACGACAACCUGACUUUUUACUUGGUCUUGGCUUUGGCUGUGGUUUCUUUUCUGUUCAUCACGUGCCUGGUGGUUAUUAUAUCAGUGAAAAUCUACAGAUGGAGACAGUCUCGCAUCCUGUAUCAGUCCAACCUACCUGUGAUUCCAUAUUAUCCCCCACGUUACUCAGACACUUUGGGAACAGGGACUCUCCCACACGUGUACAAUUACGAGGUGUGCAGGACGACUGACUCCAGUAAGAGUGACUGUAAGUUCGGCAGAGCCGGUAGUCAGAACGUCCUGAUAAUGGAUCCCAGUUCAACAGGAACGAUGCAGCGGAUACAGAGUGACAAGAGCAUCCUGGAUGAACCAGACUCUCCUCUAGAGGUUAGACUUGUUUAA